AUGCCCCUCAACUUCGCCAAAACGUUCCGCAGCUCAAACGAGGACCUGGAAAAGGCUCCCCAGGUGAACAAUUCCGACUCGACUAGCAAUGAUUUAUUCGACAACUCCAGCGAUGGUGCCGUGCCCGGAGAGAGCUUUGAAUAUGGCGAUUCGAUGUACGCCAAGAUCCAGCGUAUAGCUGGCAAGCUCAACAUCGAGCAGCGUGGUGUCGAACGAGUUCCGGACUCUGAACGGAAUGAUACGUCCUAUCUCAAUAUUGGUAGCAUGUGGUUGGCCGCGAACAUGGUCGUGAGCUCCUUCGCCAUUGGCGUUCUUGGAAAGUCGGCGUUCGGCUUGGGCUUCGUCGACGCCAUUUUGGUCUGUCUCUUUUUCAACCUCCUCGGUGUUAUGACCGUGUGCUUCUUCUCGUGCUUUGGUCCUCCCUUCGGGCUGCGCCAGAUGGUGCUCUCGCGAUUCUGGUUUGGGUGGUGGGUUGUGAAAUUCAUUGCCGUCCUUAACAUUAUCGCCUGUGUCGGUUGGUCUGCUGCCAACGCCAUCGUCGGAGCUCAACUUCUCAACGCGGUAAACGACGAAGUUCCCGGAUGGGCCGGUAUCCUCAUCAUCACAUUCUGCACGCUCUUUGUUACCUUUUGUGGAUACAAGUUUGUUCACAUGUAUGAGUACUGGAGCUGGAUCCCUACCUGCAUCGUGUUUAUCAUUGUACUUGGCGCAUUUGCCCACUCCGGCGAUUUCAUCAACAUCCCAAUGGGAGUCGGGAGAUCUGAAAUGGGUGCCUGUCUAUCUUUCGGAUCCACUGUCUAUGGUUUCGCCACUGGCUGGACCAGCUACGCUGCCGACUAUACUGUCUACCAGCCCAAAACCCAAAGCCGUCGCCUGGUCUUUUUAUCUGCCUGGGUUGGUUUGAUUGUCCCCUUGAUCUUCACUCAAUUCCUCGGUAUCGCCAUCAUGUCCGCGACGGAGAUGGGUGACGGAUACAACAACAAGUACGCCGAGGGCUACCGAGCUUCAGUCAAUGGCGGCCUAAUUGCAGCCGUGCUGGAGCCUCUGGGUGGCUUCGGCAAGUUCUGCCUCGUCAUUCUAGCUUUGUCAAUCAUCGCCAACAACUGCCCCAACAUCUACUCUGUCGGCCUGACCUUGCAGGUGCUGGGUCGGUCUACUCAGCGCGUGCCGCGAUUUAUCUGGACCUUCCUCGCCUCAUGUGUAUCCCUUGCCAUCGGCAUCCCGGGUUACUCACACUUCGAGACCGUCCUUGAGAAUUUCAUGAGCCUUAUUGCCUACUGGCUGGCUAUCUACUCCGGCAUUGCGCUCGUUGACCACUUUGUUUUCCGACGUGGAUUCGGUGGCUAUCGCCCGGAGGAUUACGACAACCCUGACAAGCUACCCUUAGGCAUCGCCGCAUCGAUUGCGUUUGCUUUUGGCAUUGUCGGUGUUGUUGUGGGCAUGAGUCAGUCGUGGUGGACGGGUCCUAUCGCUAAGUAUGCUGGUGACCCAGAAACUGGCGGUGGCGACAUCGGCUUCGAGUUAGGCUUUGCUUUCGCUGCAUUCAUGUAUUGCAUUUUGCGACCGAUCGAGAUUCGUAAGAUCGGUCGGUAA